CAACCGCGCAGUGAAUCAUUCAAAGGAAAGAGAGCGAGAAGGCGCUCUCCUUGGGAUCCGUCACUCCAUUCUCAUCCCCGCUCUCCACCUCUCGCUCUCAAACCCCACUCUCUUAGAUCCAGAGCAAGAACCAGAACUCCCAUUUCCUACUCCUUCCCUUCUCCUUCCGUAUAACCCUAGAGUUAGCUUCCUGUUCUUGGUUCUUGAUCGAUGGCCUUCGCGUUCGCGGGGAUUCGCUUCUCCGCCGUGCAAGCUCCGGGGCUGUCACGUCGGUCUGGGAUUCAUGGAGAUCGCCAGAACGGCGGGAAUCACUCACUCCUAUUCUUGAAGAAGGGUUCUUUCCCGCGGAACAUGCUUGGUGGAAAUUCUUCUUAUGAACCUGAUUCUGCAUCUAUGACUGUUUUUGCAUCUGGAAAGGUGUUGAUUCCAGGCGGUGAAAGUGAUGGUUUCUCAUCUUCUGCAGAUUCAACUGGGAACCCUGAAGUAGCUCCUGAUGACGUGCAGGUGUUACAAGAAUCAAGAGGUCUACCCAUUGAAGAUGAGGAUAAGGUAGCAGCUAGGCAGACAACGACGUCUUCAGAAGCUAUGGAUGAUGAAAUCAUGAAUCAAGGUGUUAAACAGUCUUUACAUUCUCGAGCCAAUCAGACCAUUGAAAAAGUUGAGGAGAAACCAAGAUUUAUUCCUCCACCUGGUACUGGACAAAGAAUUUAUGAAAUUGACUCAUCUUUGGAAGGUCAUCGUGCACAUCUUGAUUAUCGAUAUAGCCAGUACAAGAAAAGCCGUGAACUGAUUGAUCGGUAUGAAGGUGGCUUGGAUGCAUUCUCUUGUGGCUACGAAAAAUUUGGCUUUAUCCGCAGUGCUGAUGGUAUUACUUACCGUGAGUGGGCCCCUGGAGCAAAGUCAGCAGCACUGAUAGGAGACUUCAACAAUUGGAACCCCAAUGCUGAUGUCAUGAAUCAGAAUGAGUUUGGUGUGUGGGAGAUUUUUCUGCCGAAUAAUGCAGAUGGCUCACCUCCUAUACCCCAUGGCUCAAAUGUCAAGAUACGCAUGGAUACUCCAUCUGGCAUUAAAGAUUCAAUUCCUGCAUGGAUAAAGUUCUCUGUACAAGCCCCAGGUGAAAUAUCAUACAGCGGAAUAUACUAUGAUCCCCCUGAGGAGGAAAAAUAUGUGUUUCAACAUCCUCAACCAAAAUCUCCAAAAUCAUUGCGCAUUUAUGAAUCACAUGUGGGGAUGAGUAGUCCGGAGCCCAAGAUUAACACGUACGUUAGCUUUAGGGAUGAUGUCCUACCUCGAAUCAAAAGGCUCGGAUACAAUGUUGUUCAGAUAAUGGCCAUUCAGGAGCAUUCAUAUUAUGCAAGCUUUGGGUAUCAUGUUACUAAUUUUUUCGCGCCUAGUAGCCGUUUUGGAACACCAGAAGAACUCAAGUCUUUGAUCGACAGAGCUCAUGAGCUCGGUCUGCUUGUUCUCAUGGAUAUUGUUCACAGCCAUGCAUCGAACAAUGUCCUGGAUGGGUUAAAUCAGUUUGAUGGAACUGAGACACAUUACUUCCAUACUGGUUCACGAGGUUAUCAUUGGAUGUGGGAUUCUCGCCUUUUCAAUUAUGGAAGUUGGGAAGUGCUAAGGUUUCUACUUUCAAAUGCAAGAUGGUGGCUAGAGGAGUACAAGUUUGAUGGUUUCAGAUUUGAUGGUGUAACCUCAAUGAUGUAUACUCACCAUGGGCUACAAGUAGCGUUUACUGGGAAUUACAAUGAGUACUUUGGAUAUGCAACUGACAUGGAUGCAGUGGUCUAUCUGAUGCUGGUAAAUGAUAUGAUUCAUGGGCUUUAUCCUGAGGCUGUCACCAUUGGUGAAGAUGUCAGUGGAAUGCCAACAUUCUGCAUCCCUCUUCAUGAUGGUGGUGUAGGAUUUGAUUAUCGCCUUCAUAUGGCUAUUGCUGAUAAAUGGAUUGAACUUCUCGAGUUAAAGGAUGAGGAUUGGAAAAUGGUAGAUAUUGUUCACACUCUCACAAAUAGGAGAUGGUUAGAGAAAUGUGUUGUUUAUGCCGAAAGCCAUGAUCAAGCUCUUGUUGGUGACAAGACUAUUGCAUUCUGGCUAAUGGACAAGGUUUUCCUAAUACUCACUUUAGCAGUAUCUUUGCAUCAGUUGAGUCAUGGAGUUUAUCAAUCCUUUUAUAAUAACAAUAUUAAGAAUGAUGUCCAUUUUUGUCACUGAUUUCUGGCAUCCAUA